ACCUCUGUUUCACCACUGUGCACACACCAUGUUCCUGUUGUGGUUAUUUGUCAGUAUCAUGAGUGCAUGUGGUUCGUCUUCAGGAGAGAACCGUCUGCUGCAUGCGUACUCUCCUGGGGACAUCAUCGUUGGAGGACUUUUGCCCAUUCACUUAAAAACCAACAGAACCACAACACCCGGACCACUCUCCUGCAGUGGCUAUGACUUACAAACGUUCUUACGUUCUCAAGUGAUGAUAUACGCCAUCGGAGAAAUAAACCAGCAACUACCCAACUUCACCAUAGGAUAUGACAUCUAUGACACCUGUGGAGAUGUCAGCAUCGCCAUCAGUGCAGCACUUCAGCUGCUGAAGAACCAGUCAGACCCUCAGAGCUGUUUACUGCCUGCAAACAUUCAUUCUGUUUUACCUGAACCCCAAACGAAAGUGGUGAUUGGCGAGAGGUAUUCUGAAGUAUCAAUAGCUGUUGCACGAGUUGUUGCUCUGUCAUCAGUUGCCCAGAUUAGCUACGCAUCAACUAGCGAGCUGCUCAGCAAGAAGUUGAAGUUCCCCACUUUUCUGCGAACAAUAUCCAGUGAUGAAUAUCAGACAAAGGCCAUUGCCGACCUGGUGGUGAAGUUUUACUGGAAAACAGUAGCCAUUGUAGGAAGUGACGAUGAGUAUGGGAAGUACGGCAGUGACCGCCUUGUGGACAACUUCAGAGGAAUGAACAUCUGCAUUGAAUUUAUUGACAUCCUGCCUGGUUACUUUUCCCAGAACAAUAGUCAAGCCCGUAAAUUGCUGAUGAAUCUGGUGAGCAAUAUCAAUAAAUCCUCUGCCGAGGCCAUCAUCUUGUUCACCAGGGACACCAAUGCUGACAUCAUAAUGACAGCAGCUGUUCAGUACAAACUCAACAGAACUUGGAUUGCAAGUGAUACGUGGUCCACGUCUACAAAGCUCUCUGCAAAGCAUGGCAUUGAGCUGGCCGGGCAGGUUUUUGGAUUCAUCUCUAAGAGGAAUGAGGUGCCUGGUUUUAAAGACUACGUCAUGUCAAUGUUCAACAGGACCACUAAUGCCUUUCUUGAAGAUUACCUGACUCGCUACCCUCUUUGUUCUAAUCACUCUGAGAAAAGAGGUUAUAACUGCACCCUGCCAGACAGCCAGGAGAGCUCCAACCAGUGUCUGGAGCCAAGCUGCUUGGCCGAACAAAUUGACCAGGAUGAAUCAUACAAUAUAUACUUAGCUGUUCAAGUCAUUGCUGAGGGUAUCAAACGCCUGCUGUGUGACAACCAACAGUGUAACCGCAGGAGCGGAUUUACAGCCUUGGAGCUUUUCACAGAAAUCCGGAAAGUCAACUUCACUGUGAACACCACAAAUGUGUUCUUUGACACCAAUGGAGACCCCAGUUUAGGAUAUGACAUAUUACAUUGGCAGAUGAAUGAAUCCACAAGGCACACACACAUAAUAACCAUCGGAGAAUACAGGCCAAAUGAAGAAAUCCAAGUCCCAGAAGACCUUGUUAAAAAUAUGAAUAAUGUGAAUGUGACCGUUUACAACUGCUCUAAAACAUGUAAACCAGGCCAAGAGUUGAAACAACAAGGCCACCAGUGCUGCAAAAUGUGUGUUCCAUGUGCAAAUGAAGAGUUUUCCACUAACGAUGGUGAGGAGUGUAAGCGCUGCGGUCAGGACGAAUACUCAUCUCCGCAGAGGGAUAAGUGUUUCCAAAAAACAGAUGAAUUCCUAAAAUGGAAAGAUCCCUUCGCUAUCAUUUUGGCUUGCUUCGGAAUCUUGGGCAUCAUUGUUACUUUCGUGUUUGCAGUUCUGUUUAUAAUCUAUCGUAGCACACCCAUUGUGAAGGCAGUUGGAGGUUAUUUGUGUUUCUUGGAGCUUUUUGCCCUUCUUUUCUGCUUCUGCCUUACAUGUAACUUCAUAGGAAAGCCCACCAAGGCUUCCUGCAUGGUAGACCUGCCUUUCUUCGGCAUCGCCUUUUCCCUCUGCAUCUCCUGCAUUCUGGCCAACCUGCUUCAAAUCUCAGUAGGCUUCAGCUUUAACUUGAAAAUAAGCUCCUGGAUAAAGAAGCUCAAUCAGCCACUGGCUGUGGUGACCGUCGUGUCUGCGAUCCAGUUAGCCCUGUGUGUGCCAUGGCUGUACUAUUACCCCCCAUUUCCACAGAAAAAGCCAGAAAACGAGACCAUCCUGCACCUUUGUGAAAAUGGCUCCACUGCGUUUUUUGGAGCCAUGUUAGGCUACAACGCUUUCUUGGCCUUUAUUUGUUUCCUCUUUGCAUUCAAAGGCAGACAGCUGCCAGAUCUGUACAAAAACGCGAGUUUAGUCGCCGUCAGUAUGCUGCUAUUUGUAAUCAUUUGGAUCCUCUUCAUCCCAAUUUACCUCAACAUGUAUGGGAAGUACAAACUGGCAAUAGAAUGCGCAGCUAUACUCAUUUCUAGCUACAGCAUCCUCACCUGCCAUUUGGCCCCCAAGUGUUACAUUAUGGUGUUCAGGAAAGAGCUUAACAAUGAGAACGCCAUUACUGAGUACAUCAAGAAGCAUUACGAGCAGAAAGGCUUGGCUGUGGUGAAAUCCUAAUCUCAUACGCACAUCCAUAAAUCUUUUGUGUUAUCUGUUAAUAAUUAUUAUAUUUCACCACAGAAAUAUUUCUUAACUGAAUACACAAAAUGAAGAAAUCGACCAUAGUGGGAACAUGUUUCUAAUCAACUGUAUCUGUAUAAAUUGAUACCUUUUAUAAAAACCAGCUGUUUGGUUAGGUUGGCAUUGUUUUAUGCCUUGAACAUGUAAUUUUGUCUUUGAAGUUGUUUUUCUUUUCUGAAACUGAUGACUUAAUUUCUUACACUUUGCAAUGUGAAUUAAAAAAAAAUAGACUUAGGUGAUGUCUUUAUCUGUAAAGAGAUGUUUUUAGGGAAAUGUUACGUUGUGAAUGGCUGGAUACUGUGAAUAUAUUUAACUUUCAUUCUCUUUGUGAAUACUACAUUACUACAAUGCAUGGAGUUUUCACUGCGUGGACAAUGCAUCAUAAUGGAAGAACACAAAGGGCUGUCUUUUGACAUUAUUUUUAGUUUCUGGGGUGUAUUUAUACUGAACUCUUUUCCAGUUGUAUUUACUUUAUCUAGAUUGUUGAUGAGACACUGAUAAUAUGCAGAACUGAGAUUCCUAAAAUGCAUUGUUGUGUGUUCACGUAAUAAACCACAAUAACAAAAUAACAGACUUAAAGGGUUAACGUUUGUAAUAAUACAAAGAUAAUUUGUUGGCUAAAUUAAUUCAAACUAUUUAAAAAAAAAAGUAAUAAGAAAUAAAUAUGAAUGAUACAAUGCUGUACAUUAAAAUACA